UUUACAAUUAAAUAAAGUUUUUAUUUCAUGUUCUUCAUCUUUAACUUGAUGGCACUGAGAAUUGCGUUGCUUCUCUUCCUUGCUUCACAUUUAUCGGUCUCGGUGACGUCGAGGAGCUUUACGAUAGAAAACAAAUGUGACUUCACUAUAUGGCCUGCGACCUACAACUACCAGGGCUCGGUCGACACAACCGGUUUCAUUCUUGAAAAGGGAGAAAAACGUACCAUCAAUACGACGUCGUCAUGGAAAGGUUAUUUAUGGGGUAGAACGCUUUGUUCCAGAGACUCAUCAGCAGGGUAUUUCUCAUGUAUCACCGGAGACUGCGACUCCGGCACUAUAGAGUGCUCCAAAGAGGCCGUGCCUCCCGCAACUUUAGCCGAGUUUAACCUAGUUUCUGACGGUGGUAAUGACUAUUACGACGUCAGCGUCAUCAAUGGUUACAACCUCCCUGUGCUUGUAACACCGGAGAACGGAUUGUGCAAAAGCAUAGGAUGCGAUAUUGACAUUAAAAAGACGUGUCCGACGGAGCUGUGGAUGCCCGACAUAAGAUCCAACGAUCCAUACGCAUGCAGGACAUCGUGUCAGAAAAACCAGACGAGGGAGCUUUGUUGUGUCGGACAUUACCAGGAAGUUGGCAUACCACCGCAAGAAUGCAAGCGGACGAUUUACUCGGAGACUUUUAACCGUACGUGCCCAGGCGCUUAUAGCUACGCCUACGACAGUAAUAGCAGCACGUUCACAUGUCCGUACUCCUCCAACUUUGUCAUCCAGUUUUGCCCUGGUCCCAACAGAACCACGAUCCCGAAAACUGGAGCAGGAGAAAAAGGAAAAUCUUUAUUGAAGUUAAUACUCAUAAUUGGAGGUUCAUCAGUUUUUGCUAUGAUCAUCAUUAUUGCGAUUGUGAUAAAGGCGAAAGCAAAUGAUAGGAGAAAGAGUGAUUGGGAUGGGAAGAACAUCGAAGCUGUUGUAAUGUUAAAAAGAUUUAGUUAUGUACAAGUCAAGAAGAUGACAAAAUCAUUUGCGGAUGUUCUUGGGAGAGGGGGAUUUGGAACUGUCUAUAAAGGAAAGUUACCCGAUAGCAGCCGAGAUGUCGCAGUGAAGAUCUUGAAAGAGUCAAACGAGAAUGGGGAAGAUUUCAUCAACGAAGUUGCUAGCAUGAGUAGAACCUCUCAUGUUAAUAUUGUUUCUCUGCUAGGGUUCUGCUAUGAAGGGAGCAAAAAAGCUAUAAUAUAUGAGUUCAUGCCAAAUGGAUCCCUAGACAAGUUCAUCUCCGAGAAGAUGUCGGAGAAAAUGGAAUGGAAAACGUUAUACAACAUUGCGGUAGGUGUGUCACGUGGCCUAGAGUACUUGCACAACCGUUGUGUAACGAGGAUAGUACAUUUUGAUAUAAAGCCGCAGAACAUACUCAUGGAUGGAGAAUCUUGCCCCAAGAUUUCGGACUUCGGUCUUGCUAAGCUGUGCAAAAACAAUGAAAGCAUCAUGUCAAUGCUAGACACGAGAGGCACGGCAGGGUACAUUGCACCAGAAGUGUUUUCCAAGAAUUUUGGAGGAGUUUCUCAUAAGUCGGAUGUGUAUAGUUAUGGAAUGGUGGUUCUUGAGAUGAUUGGAGCAAGAGACAAAGAAAAGGCUCAAAACUUUGAAUCCAACAACAAGUCAUCAAUGUACUUCCCAGAUUGGAUUUAUAAAGAUGUUGAGAAGGGAGAAAUCAUGAGUUUUUUCGAAGAUCAAAUAACUGAAGAAGAAGAUGAGACACUAGUUAAGAAAAUGGUAUUGGUGGGUUUGUGGUGUAUUCAGACAAAUCCGUUUGAUCGUCCCUCAAUGAACAAAGUCGUUGAAAUGCUAGAAGGAAGUCUAGAGGCUUUAAUGAUUCCACCAAAGCCUCUUUUAUCAAUACCUGCAAUAACAGCUCAAAGAAGUGCUGGUGAAGUUCAGGACACUUCAAGCUUCUCGAAACCGAGUCAAGAUACUUCACUUUAUUCCGAAGAAGCACUUCAAGAGAUUACAGAAGAGUAUUACUUAAGAUCUUCCUAAACCAAGGCCGGAAAGUAGGAUCAUGGAAUCUUCGUACCGGUUCGUUGAUGCAAUCCAAGUUAGAUUUAGUAUUCAGUUAUUCACCAUUGAUAAUUCUCGUGGGAAUGUAACCCUAAAAUAUUAAUUCUUUUGUUUCAUAAAUAG